AUGAACCUGGCCACCGGGAUCCUUGACAAGGGACAUCUUGAUCGGCCCGACAUGUCCUCUGGAUUCGCCGACUUCGAUGCCGGCCAUCGUGACUUGGUGACAGUGACCAAAUUCAACUUUUAUGGCAAUCGUAUUGUCACCGCUUCUUCGGACCACCGCAUGAAGGUGUGGGAUCAGAAAGAUGGUGAAUGGCAACUGAUCGAUACCUGGCGCGCUCAUGACGCUGAAAUCCGUGAUGCUACGUGGAAUGGCCCAUUUACUGGCCAGCACAUAGGUAGUGUAGGCGAAGACAUGAAGUGCAAAAUCUGGCAGGAAGACGUCACCCAACCGCCCAAUUCGGGGCGACGCUUCAGAUCGAUCUUCCGAAUGACGGCGCCGCAACGGCAUCCGUUCGUUUCUAUGGACUUUCGCAACAUUGACCUUGAGACCUGGCUCGCUGUAAUUACUCGGGAUGGCUACCUUAUGGUCAUGGAACCCGUGAGCCCCGAUUCCCUCGCGGACUGGCAGCCCCUGGACCAGUUUCGAGUUUGCACUGCGCCUCAACGCGGUGAGGAAACCAGCUUCAAAGUGCAGUUUCAUCAUGAUCCAACAGAUAUUACUCACUUAGUCAAUCCGAGCUGGGACCGUAAGAGCCUCUCUCUUGUCGUCGCCGCCAUGGACAGCGUCAAAGUAUACCGCACCGACGCCAAUCGUCGCUUCUACCACGCCAUUGAAUUGACUGGGCAUGGCGGGCUUGUCAGAGACAUCUCCUGGGCUAAUGGCUCUGUUCGAGGCUACGAUCUCAUUGCUAGUGGCUGCAAAGAUGGCUUCGUACGAGUCUUCGAAGUCUAUACUUUGAUGUCAAACAGUGGUUCGCAGAACGCCAAUGGAAGACACAUCGAAUCUCAUUCACAGUCACCCUCCUUGCGUGCCACCGCACAAUCGGGAAUUGGGUCCGCUCUUGCGAAUCGAACACCUGAGUCGGUGACAAAUCGUCCAGCGACUGGUGAUUCUCAGUUCAAGCAUUCGUACAAGGAAGUUGCUUGUAUCGAUAGCAAACAUCUCGAUGUAUGGCAGGUAGAGUUUUCCUACGCAGGUGACUGUCUCAUCUCUUCUGGUGACGAUGGUGCUGUCCGCUUCUGGAAGAAGUCCUUGUCGGGCAAGUGGCUUGAAUACGCUGAGACCGGUAUAGACUAUGAGUGA